ACAACAUGUCGCGAGCACAUGUCGCAAGUCGGAGACGCGGAUUAACUGACCCAAGCGACGGUCAUCAGUGUGGCAUCUGCGGGAAACUCUAUGAGCGACGAGAUCUAUGCGACCGUCACAAACGGCGCUGCGCACAAACUUUUGCCAAGCCCAAGCGUUCCAAACAACGGUCUUGUGUAGCGUGCGCCGUGUCGAAGCUAGGUUGCGAUCAGGGCCAGCCGUCAUGUCGCCGCUGCUCGAACCGCGGCAUCAUCUGCAAAUACGUUGGGGACGCGGCAGACAGUUCUGCCGACGGCCACAGAGACAUCACCCCAGAAGCAUUCCCCGCCUCCGUGCCGCAAGCAGAAGAUCGUGACCAUGGCGGCCUGCCAGAAAUGGUGGGCAGUGAGUACCUUAACAUGACCGCUGCAUUUUCAUCGGCCCACCCGCAAGCCGUUACCAUCGCGGAGACGCAGCACACUACUCCCAACUGGAACCUGGAUAUCAACCAAGCUGGCGGUAGCAGCGGUAGCCAUCCUUCCGUCGAAAACAUGGCCUUCCAGAUGUUGUCGACAACCGGAGACGAAUGGUUGGGAGCUUCACUAGAUAAUGGAAACGUGAGCUUUGCAGCGCUUUGGGGCAGCGGGCUUCAAACGAAUAAUCCCAGCAUCGACGGACUCGACAGUACACAUCAGUCUGUCUUGGAUACCAGAGAGCCAGACCAGCGUCUUCAGUGGUCUCCGUCAUCCACGAACCGUGCUCCUGCCAUUUCGGCCGAGAAUAUGGUCAGCCUUGUCAUGAGCUAUCUACCCAUGAUGACCUCUCAACUCCCUCCUACCCCACCCUUUAUCCACGACCAGAUAUAUCACUGCAACAAGGGAGACGUAAAAGAGCCCAUCGCCCGGGCCAUGAUUUGCAUUCAGGCGUACAGCAACGCCAUGCCCAGCGGUCGUAGCUUCGUCUAUGACAUGAUCAAUAAAGAACGUGAUAGCCUGAUUGAAUCUUUU